AUGGAGGCCAUCGAAGGUGAAAACAUCGCGCGUAUGAUGAUGAUGGCGAGAUACGACAUGCGAGCUGCGAAGGUCGCCGUGCCAAAGCCGUUCGUCCACGGCGAUGUGCGUGCGCCGAACGUCGUCGUCGCCCGUGCGAAUUCGCGCGCGUACCUCGUCGACUUGGGCGGUCUGUACGAGCCUAUCCAGAAGGAGCAUGACCGUUACAUGCUGGCCUUGUUGCGCAGGAAUUUGCUUGCGAUGGUGGGGGAGCAAUGGGAGAGGUUAUGA